CGCUUGUGGUGAGCGAUGUCAGUCGGACUGCUUCAGGGUCGACUUUCCCAGCGUUUUACUGUUUGAGAAACUUCGCUUCCGUCCACCACCUUGUUGAGAAUGUCUUCUGGUACUAUGACCCAAACCCACACUGCACCCCGCGGAGGACGCAAAGGAAGAGGCCGCGGCGGCCGAGGAGGCUCACAAGGACAGAACGGGAAGAGUGCAGGACCGAGAGUCGUAGAGAAGGCUGGCCAGGUUGAGAUCAAGGCUUCAGAGUCUACGAAGACAGUGCUGAGCAGCACGGAUGCUGCUCCCGCGCAGGAGGCCGACGACGGAACGUUAUGUUGGAUUUGCGCCGAGCCCGUCAAGUAUUGGUCCUUGUCGGAGUGCAACCAUCGCACUUGUCACGUCUGCGCACUGCGGCUGAGGGCACUCUACAAGAAACACGAAUGCACAUUCUGCAAGGAACCCCAGCCAUACGUUAUCUUUACGACUUCUUCGGAUGCGCUAUGGCCCUCGUACACGCCAGAUCAGGUCCCGUACAAGGAUCCCAAGUUGUCUAUCUCGUUUGAGACACAGGAGAUGAUGGAGGACACUCUGAUCCUCCUCCGGUUCAACUGCCCCGACAAGGACUGCGACUACGUUGGCAAUGGCUGGAGCGACCUGAAACUACACACCCGAGCAGCGCACAGCAAGCUCAUGUGCGAUGUCUGCAUACGAUACAAGAAGAUAUUCGCGCAUGAGCAUGCAUUGUAUCCUCCAGACCAGCUUCCCCUUCAUCUUCCGUCUAUGCAGCGCGGCAGGCAUCACGCAGUACCGCACCAUCAGAUAGAAGGCGGGGUUCAUCCUCUUUGCGAGUUCUGCCACGAGUGCUUCUUUGGCGACGACGAGCUCUAUGCGCACAUGAGAGAGAAGCACGAGGAAUGCUUCAUCUGCAAGCGCAACGAAGUCAAAGAUCAAUAUUUCCGGAACUAUGACGCCCUGGAGCAACACUUCACGCAUGCACAUUACCCAUGCAACCGUUCCGAGUGCCUACAACGCAAAUUCGUCGUGUUCGGCUCGCUCCUAGACCUCAAAGCACACAUGGUAGAAGAACACGGCGCAGACAUGUCCACGCGAGACAAGAAGGCCGCUAGUCGUAUCCAAGCUGAGUUCGAGUUCGAGGAGGUCGGCGGCAGACGAGGGCGAGGUAGACGAGACCGCGAGCGCGAUUGGGACCCACCGCCUGCACCGGCCCCUCCUGGCCCGUCGCGUCCCGCGGGCGCCGGCGGGCGCAGGAGGGAGGCCUUUGGCGGUAAUUUGACCACUCAAGACAUUAAUGCGAACGUGACGCCCAACGGACAAACACCAAACCGCAGUCGACAGCAAAGUAGACGUCCAUCGCCCUCUCCGGGCGACGCGGAAGAAGCUGGAACAUCCGAGCGGGCCGCUGUUCUAGUGGCACGUAUCAGCUCCCUCGCACCCAACCCAACCGCCGCUGUGCCCGCAAUUCAGGCCGCCAUGCGUUCCUAUCGUGUUUCCGAGUCGGGUGCUCGUGACUUGAUCUCGACUGUGUGGAACAUCCUCGACCGAAACCUGGACGGCACAGCGAGCGUCGUCAACUUGCUCGUCGAUGCGUUAGACGAAGAGGACAAGAAACGGGAACUACUCACAGCAUGGAACGGCUUCAAGAUAGAGCAACGUGGACAGUUCCCCCAACUCGUACCGACGUCUAUUGGCACUGAAUGGGCCGGUGUAACAAGCGGGCGAGUCCUCAACGCCAAAAAUUCGACGUCUACGCGAGCGUCCGCACAGUCAUCAAGACAAGUCUGGGACCGCGUAGCGCAAGCAGCUGCAUCAUCCUCUGCUUCACCAUCACCCACGCCUCAGAGAUCGCAGGAGCGGUUUCCUACCUUGCCCACCCCUGGGCCGUCGACGAGCACGACGUCGUUCCGUCAACCACAGCGGAUCACGCCUUGGGCAUCAGCCUCGUCCGCGAAGCCUGUUGCCCGCGUUCCGACGUCCGUACCUGGACCGGGCGCAAGUAUAAGUCGACCAGCGUCGUCGUUGUCAAAGUCCGCAUUCCCUGAAUUGCCGUCGGCAUCGAAGGCACAAGUCCCCAGAGCCGCUAUAGGCGGAAACAAGUCCCUGCGAAACAUCAUAGGAGAUGUCGCCCCCUCCGUGCCUGCGUGGACCAAUGGUGGCAGCAGCUCAAACGGUGCAAACGGCUCGAAUGACCCUACACCGGCAGAGGCGAACUCCGUGCAAGCAGAGCAGACAUCAGGCAAGGGAAAGAAAGGCAAAGGGAAGCAAAAGCAGACGCUGUUCACUCUGGGUACCUUCCCGACUUGA